AUGUCUACCACCAUCACCCAAACCGUGAACGCUGGUGGCCCCACCCCGUCGCUGACGGUCAUCAAGAAUGGAUUCGGGGCUGAAAUCACCGGCCUGGACUUUGUCAACGGUGUGACUGACGAGGAAUAUCGCUUCCUUGAGUAUGCAGUGAAAAAGCAUGGAUUUGCCGUAGUCCGAAAGACGAAAUUGGUUGACGAAACUCAUCUCGAGCUGGCAAGGAAAUUUGGUGAGCUUGACGAUGUGACUCCUUACAACAAGGCCGGUCGUGUGCACCGUUUGAAAUAUAACGAGUUGUUCGACGUUGGAAACAUUGAUCCUGAUGGCUCAAUUGUCGAUUUGAGCAGCCCCCGUGGUGAAGCGAACAAGGGGAAUUCCCUCUUUCACACCGACUCCAGCUUCAACCCUCGGCGGGCUGGAUACUCCUUGCUACUUGCCCACGAGCUCCCUCCCCCUGGCACCGGUGGCUCGACUGCCUUUACCGACAUGAGAGCUGCUUACCGGGAUCUCGACCCUGAAUUCAAACAAUUCCUGCGCGAGAAAAAGUUCAUUGCCCGCCACUCGCUUCUACACUCCAAGAAAAUGGCUGCCCCCGAGUGCUACAAAGAUAUUGAGCCCACGGACCAUUUCAUGAGCCGUCACUUGCUGCUCCAAGUGCACGAGCGCACCGGAAUUCCCACGAUCUACCUGGCAAAACAUAUUCAUUCGCUUGAAGGAGUCUCGUCUGAGGAGUCUGAGGCUAUCUUGAACAAACUGUUUGACCACGCAACCCAGGACAAAUACGUUGUUGAUGUGCAGUGGUAUGAUCCUGGGGAUAUGAUUGUGUGGGAUAAUACAUGCACAAUGCACCGUGCUGUUAGUGGCGAGUUUGUCACGACGUAUCGGAGAGACAUGAGGCGAGCGACUGUGCAUGACGACAGCAGUCUGGCAUGGGGCUUCAAUGAGAAGAGUAACAAACGCAUGGGUCUUCCGUGA